AUGUUUGAUUGUUGUCAACAGAUUUGGGCUUUUGAAGUCUUCCCAGCAUUGGAAGCAUUGCAUUUCACGGUCCAUGAAGACAAUAGGCACAUUCCUCGAAUAUUACAUUGGAGGAGCAACACGGUGGCCCGUUUUCGGGAGGUUAUGAGUCAGGUUGAUGUUCAACUUCUCCGGCCGACUGAUAUUGAGAAGCAACAACCUUACUGGAGUUGGGGUGAUGAUGAGAACAAUGAAGAAAUUGUUCAAUUGUUUGGGGAUGAGGGCGAAGACAAAACCAUCACUUCUAGUGAAGAAAAAGAGGCGGAUGUUGAGGAAACAACUACCCUUCCCUCCUCUUCUAAGGGCAAAGGGUCUUUUAAUGACUUUGGCAGGUUGAAGCAUCAAUUAGAAAGCACUAAGGAUGAGUUAGCAAAGCUACGUAGUUCAAAUCGGGGCCUUAGGAACAGAGUUUGUGACUUGGAAGCUAUUGUAGACAAGAACUGUUUGAAGCAUGAGAAGGAGUGUGACAGAAAUAAAAAGGCAAUUCGGGAUUUGACCCUAACAAUUGCUUCAGUGGAACAUUAUUGGAGAUGGUGGAGUUAA